AUUAUAUUCUCCUUGUAGCGGUGAUAAGGAUGCACAAAAAUAAAGAGAAAUAGUUCAUUUAUACAAUACACUUAGCCAUUCCGUACGGCUCAAACGUACCUGCGAUAAAAUUGUUAAAACUUACACGUGAAAUCUUACAGAGAUGUUUUCUUAUCAGACUAUCUAGAUUCGCGCCAGUGUCAGUCAAAUAUAAAGCAAUAAAGGUCUUUAUAAUGCACACUAGUAAAGCCGUUUACUGUAACAUUAAACUAUUUUCUUAGAUGUCACACACAAACUACCUUGAGGAAACUGUUGAAUACCGUGCUUCUUACCGUUUUAAGAAAAUUUGAUAAUCUGAGACUGUGUAUUUUUUUUGUGAAUGGUCACGAUAGUCAACGAAUGAUAAUAGUUUUUGUGAAUCAAGUUGAUUGGUGUUAGUUUUGUGCUAUUGUUGAGAAUUAAAAACGUUAUAAAUACCAAUCAAGGUGUUUUAUUCAAUAAAAGAAUUUUUAAUAUAAUUGAAUGAAACUAUGAAUGCUGAGAAUGCUGAAGUUAAGGGAGAAUACAAUCCCUACGAACAUAGGAAAGUUGAAAAACCAACUUCAAAUAUACGAUCAACGGCAAAUUUAAUCAAAGCUUCGCUAGGUUCUGGUUUGUUGGCUGGUCCGUUGGCGUUUUCUAACGCAGGAUGGGGGGUUGGACUAUUCGGCACAUUACUUGUCGGUGUGAUAUGUGCUCACUGCAUACAUAUAUUAGUAAAGACAUCGCAACAAUGCUGCGUUUUAGAAAAGAAACCGUCCUUAGGUUAUGCGGAGACUUGCAAAGCUGCCUUCAUGAAUGGACCGAAAGGUGCUAGAAGAUUUGCAAAGUUUGCAAGUAUAUUUGCUGAAUUCGCUCUGCUACUGACGUAUGCGGGAGUAUGCUGUAUCUACACUGUAUUGAUAUCGGAUUCAGUUAAACAGUUGGUCGAUCGUUAUGCGCCAUCUACCAUUCUUCCAGUUGAAUACUACUGUCUUAUGAUACUGGUGCCAAUAAUAUUACUAUGUCAGAUCAAGUAUCUGAAGUUCCUCGCGAUAUUCUCUGGAAUCGCCAACAUUUUACUGUUUACCGUAUACGUGGUCUGUCUGUACUAUAUCUUUGGAGGCGACAUAACGUUCGAAGGGAAACAAGCUGCUGGGGACCCCGCAAGAUAUCCAGCGUUUUUAUCGACAGUCAUUUUCGCAAUGGAAGGAGUAGGAGUAGUGAUGCCAAUUGAGAACACGAUGAAGAAGCCACAGAACUUCCUCGGCUGCCCUAGUGUGCUGGUGGUAGCUAUGGGGGCCAUCGUCUUCCUCUACGGCACUCUCGGAAUGUUUGGAUACCUCCGAUAUGGAGACGUGUUACGAGGAUCUAUUACUCUUAACCUCCCGACCGAUGAAUGGCCGGCUGUGUUAGCAAAGGUUUCUAUAGCAUUAUCAAUAUUCUUGACAUACCCAUUGCAAUUCUACGUGGUGAUUGAUAUCUUCACGAGGUACACACAGCCUCAUAUAAAGGAGAAUUAUCAGCAGAUAACUCAAAUAGUGGCCAGGACGAUAGGAGUUUGCUGUUGUGUGGGGAUCGGGAUGGCGCUUCCCCUCCUGGAGCAAAUCCUCAACAUAGUUGGAGCUCUAUUCUACUCAAUCCUUGGCCUCGUGAUCCCAAGUGUCAUAGAAACAGUCUUCAAAUGGGAUAACCUAGGCAAAUGGAACUGGAUACUUUGGAAGAAUGGAUUCAUCUUCUUUUUCGGGCUGUUCAGCCUUUUAUCAGGAUGUACCGUCACAAUAAUGGAUAUAAUCAAGAUUCUGAACGAGAAAACCGAAUAACAAUAGCAAUUUUCUUGUAGAUAAAUAUACUUAGUAUUAAAUUGUAAAUUAUGUACAA